AUGGCUAUGCGCAACGUCAGUGUGAAGACUAGCCAAAUCAUGAACUAUAUGGUAAAUCAAUCCGGGUUUUAUGAGAAUGUUGGUUUCAUCCGUACGGAUCUGCACAACCAUAUUCAAGCCGAACGUAGAGCAGAAGUUGAGGAUGGUGAUGUGCAGGGUGCAUUAGUAUACCUAUGUACAAAACUUGAUGUUGAUGCACGUUUUUUUUACAAGUAUGAUGUGUGUAAUGAUAACAAGUUUCAAAAUCUGUUCUGGGCAGAUUCGAAAUCGCGGGCCGACUACACAAAGUUUGCCAAUGGGACAAUUGAGACAUGCACAUGGGUUUUGGAAACAUUUAUGGAGGCGAUGGGCCAUAAAGCACCUGUGUCCGUACUGACAGAUGGGGAUAAGACGAUGCGAGAGUGCAUGGACAUGGAAACGGAUGAGACAAAGUUUGAGCAUGGCUGGAUGACAAUGGUCGAAAAAUUUGGACUUCAAACUAACAGUUGGGUGUUGGAGACAUAUAAGAAGCGUCAUAUGUGGGCUGAGGCAUAUAUGCGUGGACAUUUGUUUGCUGGGAUGAAGGGCACUCAGCGCUCGGAGUGUAUGAAUGCUUAUUUCAAUCCCUUCCUCCAACACAAAUUGAAGCUAAAUGAAUCUGUUAGGCACUAUGAUCGGGCUCUUGAAAGGAUAAGGUAUAACGAGGCUGGAGAUGAUGCUGAAACAAAUAACAGUUUUCCGCCUGUGGGCCAAUACGGUAGUGUUGAAGCAGCAGUGUGCAAAGAUGAUUCGACCACAAUUGAUGAGGUGAAUCAGGUAGACGGGAAAAUUCAAUAUUUGGCAGAGUUUGAUGAUUCAAAGUCAGGGGCAGUAACAGUGAGUGGCCAAGUGUUGUGGUUCAGUGGCCCAGUUUGCAAGGAUUGUGGUUGUGUUUAG